CCGCAUUUGAAAUUUGCCCAAAUUUUCGCUUUCUCUCAAAGCAGCUUCAUCUUCUUCCCUCUCAUUUUUCAACUGAGCGUCUCACAGAAGACCGCCUCCCACCAAUCCAACGCCAUUGUUUUUGGGUCAAAGGUUCCAUUGAAGCCCACUGGAAUUUCACGUUCCAUAAUGUCGGAAGCAAGGGAUAGAUUGGAGAGGCAAGUGGACCAUGCCGAGGUAUUUGCUCGUCGGAGAUCGGAAGGUAUAUUGGACGAGCAAGAAAUGAAUUCUCAUUUGAUAGGUACUCCGAUUGCGCGCCCCACAACGACGACUACUGCUCAACAAAGACCUACGAAUCCCGGCCCUGGUGGAGGUGGUGCGAAUCUGAGACGGGCUUUUGGUUCUCCCAUUUCUGGUGGAAUUGGGCGCAAUAGAUUUCUUUACAGAUCUCCAGUGUUGAACCGCGAGAAUACGGCGGCUGGGAGUUCCCGGCGGAAUAGAUCUCGGGGUAGGAACAGUGUGUUACCGAUUUGGUACCCAAGAACCCCUCUCCGCGAUAUAACUGCAGUUGUGAGGGCAAUUGAAAGGACAAGAGCUCGCUUGAGAGAAAAUGAAGGCCAAGGAAGUGACAAUAGUCCAGCUCCCUCGGACGAAAGAGCUUUAGAGUAUACCGUAUUGGUGGCAGGUGAUCAUCAAGAGCCAAGCAUUUCUCUAGUCACCCCAAAACCAACUGUAGGCAAAGUUCGAAAGAUUCUUCGUGGAAUCGCGAAUGAAAACACGGUAGGGGCCGAGACUCUCACUCCCCAGAAGAAGCUCUUGAACUCCAUAGACAAAGUGGAGAAAGUAGUAAUGGAGGAGUUGCAGAAAUUGAAAAGAACGCCUAGUGCCAAGAAAGCAGAGAGGGAGAAAAGAGUUCGUACUUUAAUGUCGUUUCGUUGAUUCAUUUCAACACGAAAAACACUCCCGGAAUUCUUUUGGCAAUCAUCAGAAUCAACUCAGGAACUUUUUGGAUCAAUCAUCUGCUGAUGAUUAUUACUUCGGUCAAGAGCGGCUGUUGAUCAGAGGGAGGGGAGAAAGGGAUCCUCAUCUUCUGAUGAGAUCUCAUCUCUGGAUGACUAUUAUAUGUUAGUUUCCUGUUAAAAUGAAUCCUUUUCAUUUGCAUAAACCAUCUUUGCUUUUAGAUGCUUAGUUUAGUAAGGGAUUUUACAAAUAUAUAGGCUAUUUUGUUGAUGUAAGGGUCUGCCUUUGUUUUACUACAGAUAUAGAUAGAUAAAAGCAGGCCUUUUCUGGGCGGUGGAAAUGUUGUAAAUAGAAAUUUUAUUCACUUUAGACUUGAAAUUUUUGCCUUUCGAAAUCCUUAUAAGAUAAAAACAUUUUUGAU